AUGGCGACGUCCAGCAGCACCAUCUGCAAAAGCUGCCUCCGCACCCUCACUCGCGGGCAACGGCAACAAUUCCGCCCAACAUCCGCCCUCCGCACUCUCACCACAUCCCCCCGUCUCUCCGCCAAACCAGAAGCCACCCCUCCCCCACCACCACCACCGCCUCCUCCGAAAGCGUCGACACCAGACUCGGCCUUUAGCAAUCUCGCCGCCACACUCCGCAAAGCCGCCCCGCGAAGCACCACAGAACCAUACAUUGCCUACGGCAGCACCGAAGAUCUCUUCGCCGAAUGCGCCCGACAAGCAGAUUACACGGUCCCGCAAGCCCUGCUGCAACCUCCUCAACCCCCACCUCAAAAUGCCGCGGGCGAUCACCUGGGAGUCGGACAGGGAUGGUGGUUGACCCCGAAAUCCGAGGGAGGAUUGGGUUUGGAUGCUACGUUCAAUUCCUGGGCGCAGGUCUGUAUGCUACACAUGUACAUUUUGACGGUGCGAUUGCGGGCUUUCCCGCCUGAAGUUGUGGGAGCGUGGCAUCAGAAUUUGUUGGAUCAUUUCUUCUACAAGGCCGAGGAUAAAAUGGUCAUGUGGCAUGAGAUGUCGAGUCGGACGAGUCGGAAUAGUGCGUUGAAGCAGAUUUGGUUGCAGUGGAGAGGGGUGCAGUUGGGGUAUGAUGAGGGUUUGGUGCGAGGGGAUGCCGUUUUCGCCGGCGCCGUGUGGAGGAAUCUGUUCAAGGGGCAGGAAGGGGUGGAUGUGGGGGAUUUGGUAAGGGUGAGUGCCUAUAUUCGACGCGAGAUUUGGAAGUCGGGGAAGGUGGGGGAUGAGGUGGUUUAUGAGGGGAGGGUCAAGUUUGGGGAUCCCAAGGAUGUGGAGGUGUCGGGCAAGGCGCAGGGGGUGGGGAGGGCGUUUGAUGAGGAGGAUUUGAGGGCGCUGAAGGCGGUCCAGGGUGGGAAGAUGGAGAAGGAGAAGAAGUGA